AAUCCAAAAACCAAAAAUCGCAGUAAUCGAAGUAAAAUCAGAAGAAAAAAACGUUUGAAAAUGGCGUCUUGGUGUGCUAUGAAACCGUUCCAUGUCCCGGCAAUGAAGGCAGCUCGCGCCGCUCCUUUAGCUAUUGGCUGCGCUUCAAUCGUCGGCUCAACUCUAUGGCGCACUUCGAGCCGAUCUUUUGCUCCGUUCGCUUCACUGACCACUGCUUCUUCUUCUACUACUUCUGUAAAGGAGGCCGUUAAAUGUGAUAAGGCACCAGCAGCAUUGGGGCCAUAUUCUCAAGCAAUUAAAGUGAACAACCUUGUAUUUGUCUCUGGUGUUCUGGGUCUUAUUCCAGAGACUGGAAAGUUUGUAUCCGAUAGUGUUGAGGAGCAGACAGAACAGUUGCUAAAAAAUAUGGGUGAAAUACUAAAAACUAGUGGCGCUGACUAUUCUUCUGUUGUCAAAACUACAAUUAUGUUGGCUGACUUGAAGGAUUUCAAAAAAGUGAAUGAAAUCUAUGCAAAAUACUUUCCUUCCCCAUUUCCAGCUCGUUCAACAUAUCAGGUAGCAGCAUUGCCAAUGGACGCGAGGAUCGAAAUCGAGUGCAUUGCUCAACUUCCCUGAAAAUCUGAUCUCCAGGCUCAUUUAGAAACUUAGUUAGCUACCUUGAGAAAGUGAUUUAAGUUAAUAAUAAAAGUGGGAUGAAACAAUACCACAAAACUGUGUUUUCACUCUUUCGGAUGUUGCUUGUAUAAUGUGAAACUAUUGUCAAGUAGUAGACAUUAUUUUGGAGCUAGAGGAUGGCGAUUAGGGACUCAGAAGUGGAUGAGAACUAUCGAGGAGUUAACGAAGUUGUAUGAGAAUUUUAUGUUGUAAUUGAUAAACAUUGAGGUGUUACUUGCCUAUGGUAAUGGAAAUCCAAAUUUCCUUGCGUA